AUAUUUGCAGCAGGGCAGGCGGCGGGGCCAGAGACUGACGGCACAACAAAGGAGUCGCUUGCCUUUUAAAGGUGUUUGGAGUGGCAGCGACCCUCUCUGCCCCCCAGCCCAGCAAAAUGCCUUUCUUGGGCAAGGACUGGAGGUCGCCAGGAUGGAGCUGGACGAAGACGGAGCACGGCUGGAAGAGGAUGGUCUUCUUUGGACACGAGUUGGAGGACAACAACAGAGAGAUAGACUUGAAAGAGCUCUGCAGCGACAACAAUGACAAUCUGUUUGUCGGGGAUGUGUGUGAGCUCGCCACCACAAAGAGGAAAAAGGACUUCUACAACAACAACACCAAGUCCCAGUUUGUUUUCAGGGAUAAAUGGAUCUACGUGCAGAAAGGGAGCACAAAAGAACGACAUGGAUACUGCACACUUGGCGAAGCGCUCAACCGUCUGGACUUUUCCAGCGCCAUUCAGGACUUGAGACGAUUCAACUAUGUUGCAAAGCUUUUUCAGCUCAUAGCCAGGUCUCAGCUGACUUCUUUGAGUGGAGCUGCCCAGAAAAACUAUUUCAACAUACUGGAAAAGAUUGUACGAAAGGUUCUGGAGGACCACUACAACCCACGCCUUGUCAAGGAGCUUCUGCAGGACUUGAGCUCCACACUGCACAGUCUGACCAUCCACGUUGGCAGAUGUGUCCUCGUGGGCAACGUCAACAUCUGGCUGUGUCGUCUGGAGACCAUUGUUAAAUGGCAGCAGGAGCUGAACAACAUGCAGAUCCCCAAGCAAAUGUGCGCCGGCAUGUCGCUCAGUGACUUGCCUCUGCACAUGCAGAACAAGAUCCUCUUCAAGCUGUCUGACGCCUGCGACAUCAUCAACCUGGGACAGGCCACGCCCACGUUGCACAUCCUCAGCGAGAACAGGACGCUGUGGAAGAAACUCUGCCACUUUCACUUCCAAGACAAACCGUUUUCUAAUAAUCUGGUGUUAACCAAGAGUGACAACGUGGACUGGAAGCUCAUGUACUUCAACCUGAAGAAGCACUACCCCAUGAAGGAGCAGUACGGCGACACGCUGCACUUCUGCAAACACUGUAGCAUCCUCUUCUGGAAGGACUUUGGCCACCCGUGCACAGCCAACGAUCCAGACAGCUGCCUGAUGCCCAUCUCUCCGCAGCACUUUAUCGACCUCUUCAAGUUCUAAACCCUCCACGUUGCUCUUCAACCUGAAGCACCGGGAGCGUUUACGAGACCUCGAUGUCGUUUACCCAAAUACAAAGGGCUUCAACUGAAAGAAGUGGCGUUUUUAAUGUCUUUUACUUCCAUGCGCACAAAUAUUUCCAUAAGACGUGGGAAAGAUUACAUGUUUGUGUUUGUCGAUUUUAAGAAUGUGGGAGAAAUAUAAAAGAAACUCUGUUUUUCCUCCUUCUGCACAAAUAUUUGUCUUCAUGACAGGAAAAGGCUCCUCCAGACAGAGGGACUAAAUAGUAUUAUGUAAAUGCAAUAUGAGUAUUUUGAAAGGGUUUCUGUGUAAAACAAGUGUUAGCAUGUUUACGGUGGUAGGUUGUGAACUACAGAGGUUACGGCGAGGCAGAGAAAGACGACUCGUGUUACUUAUUUAAUGGAGUUUAAACUGCUUCUUGCUCUGUUUUCGUUUCGGUGGCAUUUUUCUGCAAUAACUGCAUGUCAUGUUUGAGUCUCUGUUUACGUACUGGAUGUCGUCCUUUGUGAACUCCCGCUCGGCUCUGUGUGCAUUGGAAGCGUCAAAACUAAACAGAAAAAAAAGAAGUUACGUAAAGCCUCCACGAGCUGUACAUGUUUUUCUACUUUUGUCAGAACUGUAAAGCGACAGACGGAGGAGAUGUAAAACAUUUAUGGGACAGAAAAACAACAAAUUUUGUAUCCUUCCUCCAACUUUUGUAAUAUUCCUUUACUAUUCCAAUACUCUUGAUGGUACGAUCAUGAAUUUUAUGGGGCAGGGACUAGAUAUAUAAUGAUUAAAUAUUUCUAAAAACCUG